AAGACCUUGAAGCACCUCUUCAGUUUCUGUCCACCACAACACAACCCCUCGCAAAGCUUCAAACCCGGAUCCACCCUCUGCGCGACUCUCCUCCCCUGCGAACAAGAUGAUUAUUCCCGUGCGCUGCUUCUCGUGUGGCAAGGUCAUUGGAGACCUCUGGGAGCGCUAUCUCGUGUUGAUCGAGGAGGGUGUGGGUGAUGGCAACGCCAUGGACCAGCUCGAGCUCCGCCGAUACUGCUGCCGGCGCAUGGUCAUGACCCACGUCGACCUGAUUGAGAAGCUUCUGAAGUACAAUUCCUCGGAACGACAGGUGCAAAAGGAGCAGCGGCGAAAGGCGUAGUUCAAGCAACUGGAAGUGCUGGAGGCUUACCUAUUCUACGAAAAUCACGGCGUUAAUGGGCGAUAAAAUUUGUGAAUAUAUCCUGGAGUUGGCGGGCAGCAUUGCGGACGGUGUUUAGAAGGGCUUGGGUCCAUGGAUCUUACGGAAGGAAGAUUGCGGAAGCUCUCGUAGAGGCAGCUUUUCAAUGAUACUCC